GUCUAAGCACAGUGUCUCAUAAAGUGCAGAUUUACUGUGAAGCCUGGUAGCUGAGGAUCAUCUCUUUACCUGGGCAAGGCUAAGAUUUUAAGUUGCCCUAGCAACCCGAGUCUGACGUCAUCCGUCCCUGUGAGACCCUGCUGCUGUGUCUUUGAUUGGAGGGAAACCCCGUGGAUGAGCGGGAGAGAUCAUCAGCUGUGCGGCCGGGAAUCAGGAACAACAUCGUCUAACGAUACUCACAGUCCACACAGGAGCCAUGCCAGACAAGGAGGAACAGGUACAGAAAGCCAAACUGGCUGAGCAGGCUGAGCGCUAUGAUGACAUGGCCGCAGCUAUGAAGGCUGUUACAGAGGAGGGCUCGGAGCUCACCAACGAGGAGCGCAACCUGCUGUCUGUUGCCUACAAGAAUGUGGUGGGGGCUAGGAGGUCCUCUUGGAGGGUGGUGUCCAGCAUAGAGCAGAAGUCUGACGACAGCACAAAGACCGCGAUGGCUAAGGAGUACAAGGAAAAGAUCGAGACGGAACUGAACGAAAUCUGCAAAGAAGUACUGGACUUGCUCGAUACGCAUCUGAUCCCCACGGCCAAGCCUUCUGACAGCCGAGUCUUCUACCUGAAGAUGAAGGGAGACUACUUCCGCUACCUGGCUGAGGUGGCCAAUGAGGAGAAGAAGAAAGAAAUCAUCGAGAAGUCAAAAGAGGCCUACCAGGAAGCGUUUGAAAUCAGCAAAAAAGACAUGCCACCUACACAUCCCAUUCGCCUGGGCCUCGCUCUGAACUACUCUGUCUUCUUCUACGAGAUUGCCAACAUACCUGAGGAGGCCUGCAGACUGGCCAAGGAGGCCUUUGAUGAAGCCAUUUCCAUGCUGGAUUCCCUCAACACUGACUCCUACAAAGACAGCACCUUGAUCAUGCAGCUGCUCCGUGACAAUCUGACACUGUGGAUGGCAGAUGCCCAGGGUGAAUGCGAAGGUGAAUGUGAGGGAGAAGAGACGGAGCAGGUAGCUGUGAAGAACUGAACGUCAGAAAGAAAACAAACAAAAAAAAAAACAACACACAUUUUUUACCUCUCACCAGCCUAAGUUGUGUGUGUGGUUGUGUUUGCACAUACAUGCACAGAUAUGUAUGUUUACACGCCACUCACAAUGUGUAAAGUACAGUAUGUGUGUGCAGAUACAUUGAAGUGUGUGUGUUAAUUGUAUGAGCACCUCCACAGAGAAAAGAAUGGAAUAGAUCUUUUUUUUUUUUUUUUUUUUUUUUUUUUUUUUUUUUUUUUGACCAUUACUCAUUGUGUGAACCAGUGGAUGUUUAUUUUGUUUUUUUGUCCAUGGAUUAGUCCAGAUAAAAUCCCUCCUUUAGAUCCAAUCAGCCCCAUGCUAUUUAACCUUAUUCACUGUAGCAAAACUGCUGCUGUUGCAGGAAAACACAAACAAAAAACCUCUAACUGUAAUUUUGAUAAUUUGUAUGUUUUUACUUGAACUCAACAUUUACAAUCUUUGUGACACUUGGGUCCACAAAUCUCCUUUGAAGCACGUGAACUGUAAAAAUGGUCACAGCGAUGAGCAGUCUGAAUUCACAAAAUUUUAGGCCUCAUCUGACAAUAGUGGUGAUUAUACAGAUGACAGAAUUUACCUUGCUAAAGAUCUAUUGCCACAUUGCUUGUAUCCAUCCCGCCCUAUCAGUGUCCAGUGUAACAGGUAGUGUUUUUAUGGAUGAUACAUGUCAUGGCUCAGUGGGUUCUAUGUGCAUUCGGGCGUAGGAACGGUUUUCUGUAUGAAUGGCCACUUUGCGAAAACUGUAGUUAAACUUUGGUUGAUAGUUUUGUUGAGAGGAUUACAUUCCAUUUUACUGACAUCUCUUCACUCUCAGUGAAAUGUGUAGGCUAUAAUUUCCUGCAAUUUUCCAUAACACAUGACAAGGUAUAGACGGCCUAAGAUAAAGUGAACAACUUGACAAAAUGGCUCGAUACUGUAACUUUUGAUAUUUUAUCUUUCAGCAGUGCAGAGGAUACUUUUGCCAUGUGCUUUUAUGUGGCUUUCUACUCUUUUCUAUUCAGGUGUUUUGUAUUUUCUUUUUGUGUAUUUUAUUCCCUUUGACUCUUUAUUUGACUCCUGGAAUGUAUGUGUUUCUCAGUAGUAUGGUGUGAGGGUUAGCUGUGCUUUGAAACUGGCAAUUUUUGCUUAGGCUUUAGCUUCAACCUGGGUGGUUUACAGUAACAUUUACCUUCCUUAAAAGAACAUUGUGAAACAAACUAAAACAAUACUAAAUAUAAACUGAUUAUUAAAGUAACUUGGUAGAAAGCUACGUUAUGACCAUUUAGUAGUUACAAAGUAGUGCCAGUUUCUUCUAAUUACAGUAUCUUGGUUUUAAAACGAUGGGAUGCAGGAUUCAGAAUUUGCAAGUUACACUCUGAGUACGUUAUUUAGUUAUGUGCUUUCAUGUAAGUGGAAUUAAAACAUUAAAAUCAAGUGUGCUGUGCUCAA